UAAUGAUGAAAUAUCUGUCUAUAUAUACAACGACACCUAACUUCACGCAAACUUGGCCCACUUCCUUUUCCGUGUUAGCUGUGAAAGAAGAAACAUGCCGCUAGCAAAAGAUUUACUGCACCCAUUGCCCGCUGAAGAGAAGCGUAAGCACAAGUUGAAGCGCUUGGUGCAACAUCCCAACUCUUACUUCAUGGAUGUUAAGUGCCCCGGCUGUUACAGAAUUACCACAGUUUUCAGUCAUGCACAAGGCGUCGUUGUAUGUGCGGGAUGUGCCACAAUUCUGUGCCAACCCACAGGAGGACGUGCUAAACUUACUGAGGGUUGUUCUUUCAGAAGGAAGCCACAGUAGAAUAAUAAGAUGUCAGCGCGAUUAUUAAUUUUUUAAUAAACAAARAAUAAAAAGAUACAACCAAACAAGA